AUGUCUUCCGACGCUACUUCUCCUGCUCCGGCCGCAGCCAAGCCCGCUGCUCCUAGCCAAUCUACCCCCAACGCCGAUGCUCCCGCUCCUGCUCCCGCUCAGCAGCAGCCAUCUGCUUCUGCCAGUCUUUACGUUGGAGAGCUUGACUCCAGCGUCACUGAAGCUAUGCUCUUCGAGAUCUUCAACAUGAUCGGUCCCGUCGCCUCUAUCCGAGUCUGUCGAGACGCCGUCACUCGACGAUCCCUCGGAUACGCAUACGUCAACUACCUCAACGCAGCUGACGGUGAAAGGGCACUCGAGCACCUCAACUAUUCUCUUAUCAAGAACAGACCUUGUCGAAUCAUGUGGUCUCAACGAGACCCUGCUUUGCGAAAGACUGGACAAGGAAACAUUUUCAUCAAAAAUCUCGAUGAAAGUAUUGACAACAAGGCUCUUCACGACACCUUUGCGGCCUUCGGUGAUAUUCUCUCUUGUAAAGUCGGCAACGACGAGAGCGGCAAGAGCAGAGGUUUCGCUUUCGUUCAUUACUCUACUGGCGAAGCUGCUGAUGCCGCCAUCAAAGCUGUUAACGGUAUGUUACUCAAUGACAAGAAAGUCUUUGUUGGACACCAUGUUGGAAAGAAGGAACGACUCUCUAAGGUCGAAGAACAACGAGCUCAAUUCACCAAUGUUUACGUCAAGAAUGUUGACCCAGAGAUCACCGACGAAGAAUUUGAAGAACUCGUCAGACCUUUUGGUGCCACCAUCUCUGUCGCUUUGAGCAGAGACGACAGUGGAGCCAAUAAGGGCUUCGGUUUCGUCAACUUCGAAUCUCACGAGGCUGCCAGACAAGCUGUAGACGAGCUCAACGAGAAGGAACACAAAGGACGAAAGCUUUAUGCUGGUCGAGCUCAGAGCAAGCUUGAGCGAGAAAGCGAGUUGAAAAAGAGUCACGAGGAAAAGAGAAUGGAAAACGAGGCUAAAUCUGCUGACGAAUGGGAUGACGAUCGACUCCGAGCUGAAUUCGACUCUUUCGGUACCAUCACUUCAUGCAAGGUCAUGAAGGAUGAGAAUGAGGCAUCCAGAGGCUUUGGUUUCGUGUGCUUCUCCUCUCCCGAGGAAGCCACUAAAGCUGUUUCUGAGAUGAACGGCAAGAUGAUCGGCACCAAGCCCCUCUAUGUCGCUCUUGCUCAACGAAAGGAUGUCCGACGACAAGCUCUUGAAUCUCAAAUCGCUCAACGAAGCAACAUGCGAAUGCAAUACGCUCCAGGCGGUUUCGGUGGUAUGCAAGGUUACAUGGGACAGCCCGUCUAUGGUUAUCCUCCCAUGCCUGGAUACGGUCAACCCAUGCCUGGUAUGCCUCCUAUGCGAGGUCCCAUGAUGGGAUACCCCGGUGGUCCUCAAAAUGCCAUGCGACCUCGAUACGCUCCAGGUGGUCAACCCAUUCCCGGAGCUCCUUACGGUGCUCCUCCUCCACCUAUGGGCGGUGCAUACGGUGGUGUCCCUCCUCAAUAUCCUGUUCGACCCGGUGGUGGAGCUCGGAUUCCCGCUGCUCCUUCCUCAAACGGUCCUCGAGGUGCCGGCGGUCCCAGCCCUGUUGGCGUUCCUCAAGGUCUCCCUCGAGGUGGUCAAGCUCCCCCUCGACCUCAAGAAGCUCAAACUUCCCGACUCGACUCCCAAAACUUGGCCCGAGCUGCACCUGCCGAACAAAAGCAGAUGUUGGGUGAAGCUUUAUACCCUUUGAUCUUUGAUACUCAACCUGAUCUCGCUGGUAAAAUCACUGGUAUGCUCCUCGAGAUGGACAAUGCGGAGUUACUCCACCUCGUCGAGUCUCCUCCUGCCCUUCAAGACAAAGUCGAUGAGGCUCUCAGAGUCCUCGCCGAGUGGGGCAAAGGUAGUGACGAGAAGGCUGACGGUGAGGCAGUGAAAGAAGAGAUCAAGGAGGAGAAGGCCGAGUAG